AUGAGUGUUUGUGAAAGACGUGCACGCAGGUUAGCACUUAUAUUGCCUCAUGCAACUAUAUUCAAUCAAAUGAGUAGCGAGGCAAUUGAAUCAGUUGUCACUCUUGCUAGGAAGAAGUACUUUGUGAUAGUGAAUGCGGUGGCAUGUGCAUUUGCAGCAACAUCUACGGCGUUUCAGGCUCUAAUGGGUGGAAGCAGAGGAAGAAAUUGGACAGGCUCUGUCUUAGUUGUUGCUCUAGACUUGACUAUGGUGGCACUACUUUUUUCAGCCAACGGAGCAUCGGCUGCAGUCGGACUCAUUGCACUGAAUGGCAACCCUCACACUCAGUGGCACAAAGUUUGUUAUUGCAUCCAAGGGGGAGCUGCUCUUGCUAUGUCUAUGCUUGGUUCAUUCUUCUUUCUUUGCCUGGUGUUGCUCCUCACUUUGAAUCUUCACAGAAGUACUUUAAAUUAUUAA